UUGUGUCACAUGACUGAAGAAUCCAGGAAGUGUUUUGCUCCCACAAAGCGGAAGCGAAUAAUUUAGUGGACCUGAAACUGUUAUUGGAGAAAUUGUUUACAAGGGGACCUAAACUCUUCGCUGUGGCGCGAUCCAUCUGGUGUCCCCUCCAGUAGUGCGAUCGCUGCCAUCGCUGAUCCUCGGACUCGGCACCCGACGUCACACGUUGCUGACCUGCAGUUCCUCUGACUACCAAUGGCUGGGCGCGGCGGUGGAGCAAAUCGGCCUAAUGGUGCUGCGGCGGCAAACAAAAUCUGCCAGUUUAAGCUGGUGCUACUGGGGGAGUCGGCCGUGGGCAAGUCCAGCUUAGUGCUGCGCUUYGUUAAAGGCCAGUUCCACGAAUUCCAGGAGAGCACAAUCGGAGCUGCGUUCCUCACUCAGACGGUCUGUCUGGACGACACCACUGUGAAGUUUGAGAUUUGGGACACAGCGGGUCAGGAGCGGUACCACAGCCUCGCCCCGAUGUACUACAGAGGCGCUCAGGCAGCCAUCGUGGUUUACGACAUCACCAACACAGACACUUUUACACGUGCRAAAAACUGGGUGAAGGAGCUUCAGAGGCAGGCCAGCCCCAACAUCGUGAUCGCUCUGGCAGGCAACAAGGCGGACAUCGCUGACAAGAGAGCRGUGGAGUUUCAGGAGGCGCAAACAUACGCUGACGACAAUAGUCUGCUCUUCAUGGAAACUUCAGCCAAGACUGCGAUGAAUGUCAAUGAAAUWUUUAUGGCCAUCGGUAAGUAGUGAGUCAGGUCUCAACACC